AAGCCAAAGAUGUUGACCAGAAAGAUUAAACUCUGGGACAUAAACGCCCACAUCACCUGCCGCCUGUGCAGCGGGUAUCUCAUCGACGCGACCACGGUGACCGAGUGUCUGCACACGUAAAUCCGGUGAUCUUUCAGGCUAACUUCUAGAAUGUAACUAUUCGCCCCUGUGGCGGAGCCCCUGUGGCGGAGCCCCUGUGACAGGACGUGAAGGCGCAUCUGCGGCCCCCUCAGCUGCUCCUCCAGUUUCCCCUCCUGUUUCUGGGCCUCAGCUCUGUCCAGGGGCAGCUGAUGCUCCUCCGUGGUGGUGGACCCGGGCGGCGGGCCUGUCACCAGUGUCCCGUUGUGGCCUCGGGGAGCCCUGCCGGGAGGAGCGGAGACCCCGCCGACGCGCUCCCUGACGUGCGCGCUCCCGUUCCCUCUGAUGCGCGCCCCGCCCCUCUGGCGUGCGCACGCAUCGCCCUGACGUGCGCGCUCCCUGCAGUCUGCCGGAGCUGCCUGGUGAAGUACCUGGAGGAGAACAACACGUGCCCCACGUGCAGGAUCGUCAUCCACCAGAGCCACCCCCUGCAGUACAUCGGUCAUGACAGAACCAUGCAAGAUAUUGUUUACAAAUUGGUCCCAGGCCUCCAAGAAGCGGAAAUGAGAAAACAGAGGGAAUUCUACCACAAAUUAGGCCUGGAAGUGCCUGGAGACAUCAAGGGGGAGACCUGUUCUGCGAAACAGCACCUAGAUUCCCAUCGAAAUGGAGAAACCAAAGCGGAUGACAGUUCGAACAAAGAAGCGGCAGAAGAGAAGCAGGAGGAGGACGGCGACUACCACAGGAGCGACGAGCAGGUGAGCAUCUGUCUGGAAUGCAACAGCAGCAAACUGCGGGGCCUGAAACGGAAGUGGAUCCGCUGCUCAGCCCAGGCCACAGUCCUGCACCUAAAGAAGUUCAUUGCCAAAAAACUCAACCUCUCGUCUUUCAACGAGAUAGUGUGAUAGUAAAUAGCGGUGAAGACAGUGGAGGCCCAGAGCCCACAAACACGGGAAGCCACUGUUGAGAGAAGAGGAAAUGCCAAGGGGGCUGCAACAAGAUAUGUUAAAUAUUUUCUUUUUUUUUUUUAAUUAAUUAAUUAAUUUGUUUAUUUUUGGCUGUGUUGGGUCUUCGUUGCGGCGCGCGGGCUUCUCACCGCGGUGGCUUCUCUUGUUGCGGAACACGGGCUCUAGGCGCGCGGGCUUCAGUAGUUGUGGCGCACAGGCUUAGUUGCUCUGCAGCAUGUGGGAUCUUCCCGGACCAGGGCUCAAACCUGUGUUUCCUGCAUUGGCAGGCGGAUUCUUAACCACUGCGCCACUAGGGAAGCCCAGGAUAUGUUAAAUAUUUUCACCACAAAGAGAAGUUCUGUUCUUCAGUUUCGCAAACGGAUGGAUGGGUGGAUGGGGAUGGAUAGGACGGGUGGGUAGAUAGAGAAGAUACUUCCCAGUUCCGAUAAAUGCUGAGAAUAAAGUAAAACGUGUCCCCUAGUGGUGCAGAGCAGGGCGGUGCACAGAGGGGUGAGAGCACAUCAGCUUAGGGGUCGUUGGGGAACCCUCCCGAGGGCGUUCACUUCUGCUCAGACAUAAACUGUCAGCAGGAUCUGGCUGUGUACCAGCAGGUGUCAAGAGGAGGCACUGGGGGGCCUUAAGCCGGGGGCUUGUGGUGAGAACAGCCCUGAGGCUGUGAGGCAGGUGGGCUGCUGGGGUUCCGAGACGGAAGCAGGAGCGACCGGUUGAGGGGAGUCUGUGGCAGAAGUCCCAGGAGAGACAGGCCAGGGUAGUGCGGUAAGGAUGGAAAACUGAGGCCGACUUCUCAGGUGGGCUGUAGAGAACAGUGGGUAGGACGUGGCCCUGCAAAGACGUGUGUCCACAGCCAACCCCGCAACCUGUAAGCGUGGUCUUUGCCAGAAAAAGGGUGUCUUCAGAUAUACUGAAGUUCAGGAUCUUGAGAUGAGAUAAUCUUGGAUUAUCUGGGCUGCCCCUAAAUUCAGUGACAUGUGCCCUCACAAAAGUGAGGCAGAGGGAAAUUCGAGACACGCACAGAGGAGAAGAUGGUGUGAGGACAGAGACGAGAGGUUGGGGUGAUGCGGCCACAAGCCAGUGGAUGCCUGGAGCCCCCAGAAGCUGGAAGAGGCAGGAAGGAUCUUCCCCUGGAGCCUCCAGACUGAGCACAGCCCGGCCGGCACCUUGAUUUUGAACUUCUGGCCUCCACAUCUGUGAGAAAAUGAGUACCUGUUGUUUUAAGCCACCAGGUUUGUGGUACGUUGUCAUACCUGCCAUGGGAAACCAAAACAGAUUUCAAUACCAGGAAGUGGAGUGCUGCUGUAACAAAUACCUAAAAAUGUGGCGGUGCCUUCGGAUUUGGGUAAGAGGUACAGGUUGGAAGAAUUUUGAGAAACACGAUUUUUAAAAACCCGAAUUGCCUUGAAGAGACUGUCGAUAUGAACGUGUCCAUUAAAGGUGACUCUGGGGACGGCCGAGAGGGAAGCACGGAGCGUGGUGGAGAAAGCGCCCGUCACCUUUGAAGGUGCGUGUUGCACAAACAGAGUGUUGGUGGAAAUAGGAGUAUUAAAGAUGCUACUGGUGAGAGCUCAGAAGGGAAAAAGGAGCAUAGUAUUGGAAAUGGGGGAGAAAAGUGAUUCUAGCUACACAGUGGCAGAAAACUGGCUGAGUUGUGUUCUGCGGUGUGUGGAAAACAGAACUUGGAAGUGGUGAACACGGAUAUUUAGCUGAGGACAUUUUCAAGCAAAGUGCUGAAGACGUGGUCUGGUUUCUUCUUGCUGCCUGUAAUAAAAUGUCAGAGAUGAAUUCAGGAAGGAACUGCUCAACAAAAAGGAACCAGCACUUGAUGAUUUUGAAAAGUCACAGCCUAUCCAGAUUGCAAAAAGAUGGUAAUAUUAGGAGUUUGACUGUUAGAAAAACAUGCUCUGGAGAGAAGGCCAAGUGUGUAGCUGUUCAGCCUUUUGCUAAAGGGAUUAGUUGUUUGACUCACGGUGGCUCAGCCAUCUCAUGGGCGGAACAGAGAGGAGUUAUCCAGGAAAGAUCUGCAGAGCCUGGACCUCUGACACACAUGGGAGAGAUGCACAAGGUUUCUAAGAAUGUGCUAUCAGCAGAAACACCACCAACUCGUACUGAAGGGGACAGAGACAGGAAGAAAUGAGAGGCUAUCAGACUUCCAAAAUUCUGCGCGCGGGGAGUAGGCUGGUGGAGCUGCCAAGGUGAGCUACCCCUAAAGGAAAAGGAGGAACGGCUCCAAGGCAGAGCCCGGGGCCCAGAGGGUGAGGCCAUCAUGGGCCCAGAGAGCAGGAGGAACGGCUCCAAGGCAGAGCCCGGGGCCCAGAGGGUGAGGCCAUCAGGGCCCAGAGAGCAGAACCUUGACCCACAGUGAGCUGUUCUCAGGUCUUGAAACCUCAUGGAAUUUUCCCUGCUGGAUUUCAAACUUUAUUGAGACCAGUGAUCCCUUACGCCUUCUAAUGUGUCUCCCUUUUGGACUAGGAAUAUCUAUCCUGCCCCAGCCUUGUAUUUGGAAAGCAGAUAAUGUGUUUUCUAGCUUCGCAGGUCCACAGCUGGAAAGGCAUUUGCCCCAGGAGGCAUCGUACCCAGAGUCUCACCUAUACCUGACUCCUGUGAUUUAGAAGAUAAGAUCUGGGACUUGGAGCUGAUGGUGUGUAGAUGAGAUUUGGGGAUUUGGAGUUGAUGCUGGAGUAGAUUGGGUCCCUUGGAGAUGUUGGGGUUCGGUGAGUGUGUUUUGCACGUGGCAUGGAUGUGGAUUUUGCUGGGUCAGAAGGCAGACUGUAGUAUGUUAUGUGGUGACACAGCCAAAAGAUAUGUCUACUUCUAACCCCCAGAACACGUGAAUAUGACUUUAUUUGAAAAAAAAGAUUUCUGCAGACAUGUAAAGAGUCUUGGGAUGAAGAGACCAUCAUGUAUUAUCCAGGUGGGCCCUACAUUCAAUAACAAGUGUCCUUAUGAGAGAAGGCAGACACAAAUUGUCUCAAUAGAUUUAAUUAUACAAAGUAUCUUCUCAGACCACAGUGGCAUGAAGUUAGAAAUCAAUAACCAAGGGAAAACUGGAAAAUGCACAGAAUUGUGGAAAUGAAACAACGCAGCUUUAAACAGCCAACGGAUCAAAGGUUAGAAAAUACUUAGAGAAGAAUGAGAACAAAAACACCACGUCCCAAAACUAAUGGGAUACAGUGAAAGCAGUGCUAAGGGGAGAUUCAUAGCUAUAAACACUUACCUUAAAGACAAGGAAGAUCUCAAAUCAACAACCUAAAUUUACAACUUAAGGAACUAGAAAAAGAAGGGUAAGCUAAACCCAAAGCUAGCGGAAGGAAGAGAAUAGUAAAGAUUAGAGCAGAAAUAGACAAAAUAGGGAACAGGAAAACGAUAGAGAAAAUCAAUGGUUCUUCAGAAAGGUCAGCAAUGUUGACAGACUUGUAGCUGGAUGAGCUAAGAGAAGACUCAAAUUCUGUAAUCUGAAAUGGAAGUAGGGACAUCACUACUGAUUCUUCAGAAAUAGGUUGUAAGAGAUCACUAUGCACAAUUGUAUGCCAACAAAUUGGAUAACCAAACGAAAUGGACAAAUUCCUAGAAACACAAAGCUAUCAAGACUAAGUCACAAAGACGUGGAAAAUCUGAAUAGACCUAUAGCUCAUAAGGAGAUUGAAUCACUAAUCAAAAUCUCCUAACAAAGAAAAGCCCUGGACCUGACAGCUUCACUGAAUUCUACCAAACAUUUAAAGAAUUAAUACCCGUCCUUCUCAAACUUUUCCAAAAGGUCGAAGAGGAGGGAGUGCUUCCCAACUCAUUUCAUGAGGCCAGCAUAACCCUGAUGACAAAGCCAAAUACAGACACUACAAGAAAAGAAAACUACAGACCAAUAUCCCAUAUGCACAUUGAUGCAAAUAUCCCAACAAAAUGCUAACAAACAGAAUUCAGUAUAUGUUAAAAGGUUUUACACACCAUGCGCAGGCGGGACUUAUUUCUGGAGUGCAAGGAUGGUUCAGCAUAUGAAAAUUGAUUAAUAUAAUUAUGCCACAUCAACAGAGUGCAGGAAAAACCACACGAUCAUCUCAGUUGAUGCAGAAAAAGCAUUUGACAAAAUUGAAUACCCUUUCAUGAUAAACACACUGAACAAACUAGAAAGAGUAGCCAUAUAUGAAAGUAAAAUAAAAUCCAUACAUGAAAAAACCGUUCUGAAUAUCACACUCAGUGGGGAAAAAGUAAAAGCUUUUUCUCUAAGAUAAGGAACAAGCCAGGGAGGUCCACUUUUACCCUUUCUAGUCAACAUAAUACUGGGAAUCCUAGCCAGAAAACUUAGACAAGAAAAAGAAAUAAAACACAUCCAAAUUGGAAAAGAAGAAUUUAAAACAUUAUCUCUGUUUGCAGAUGAUAUGAUUUUAUAUGUAGAAAACCCUAAAAAUUCCACACACACAGACAUGAAAAAGAACCUGUCAGAACUAAUAAAUUAAUUGAGCAAGGUAGCAGAAUAGAAAGUCAACAGAAAAAUCAUAUGCAUUAGCUCAGUAUCAAAAAAACAAACAACCCAAUCCAGAAAUGGGCAGAAGACCUAAAUAGAUAUUUCUCCAGAGAAGACAUACAGAUUGCCAACAAACACAUGAAAGAAUGCUCAACAUCACUAAUCAUUAGAGAAAUGCAAAUCAAAACUACAAUGAGGUAUCACCUCUCACCGGUCAGAAUGGCCAUCAUCAAAAAAUCUAGAAACAAUAAAUGCUGGAGAGGGUGUGGAGAAAAGGGAACCCUCCUGCACUGUUGAUGGGAAUGUAAAUUGAUACAACCACUACGGAGAACAGUAUGGAGAUUCCUUAUACAACUAAAAAUAGAACUACCAUAUGACCCAGCAGUCCCCCUACUGGGCAUAUACCCUGAGAAAACCAUAAUUCAAAAAGAGACAUGCACCCCAAUGUUCAUUGCAGCGCUGUUUACGAUAGCCAGGACAUGGAAGCAACCUAAGGGUCCAUCAACAGAUGAAUGGAUAAAGAUGAUUGGCACAUAUAUACAAUGGAAUAUUACUCAGCCAUAAAAAGAAACGAAAUUGAGUUAUUUGCAGUGAGGUGGAUGGACCUAGAGUCUGUCAUACAGAGUGAAGUAAGUCAGAAAGAGAAAAACAAAUACCAUAUGCUAACACAUAUAUAUGGAAUCUUAGGGAAAAAAUGGUUCUGAUGAACCUAAGGGCCGGACAGGAAUAAAGACACAGACGUAGAGAAUGGACUGGAGGACACGGGGAGGGGGAAGGGUAAGCUGGCACAAAGUGAGAGAGUGGCAUGGAUGUAUAUACACUACCAAAUGUAGAAUAGAUAGCUAGUGGGAAGCAGCCGCAUAGCACAGGGAGAUCAGCUCGGUGCUUUGUGACCACCUGGGGGUGGGGUAGGGAGGGUGGGAGGGAGACACAAGAGGGAGGAGAUAUGGGGAUAUAUGUAUAUGUAUAGCUGAUUCACUUUGUUAUAAAGCAGAAACUAACACACCAUUGUAAAGCAAUUGUACUCCAAUAAAGAUGUUAAAAAAAUCAGAUGCAUUUUUGUACAUGAGCAAUGAACAAUCUGAAAAGGAAAUUACAGAACUCAUUUCAUUUAUAGUAGCAUCAUAAAGAAUAAAAUACUUAGGAAUUAACCAAGGAGGUGAAAGACUUGUACAAUGAAAGUUACGAAAAUUGCUGAAAGAAAGACAAGCACGUGGAAACACAUCCCACAUUCAUGGAUUGGAAGACUUAAUAUUGUUAAAAUGUCAGUAUUACCCAGGUAAUCUACAGAUUCAGUGCAAUUCCUAUCAAAAUCCCAAAGAUGUUUCUUGCGGGAAAAAAAAAAGAAAUCCAUCCUAACUUUUUUAUGGACUCUCAAGGGACCCAAAUAGCCAAAACAGUCUUGAAAAAGAGCCAAACUGGAGGACUUGAACUUACUCUAAAGAUAACACGAAUCAAAACUGUGGUGUUGGCAUAAAGACAGACAGACUAAUGGAGCAGAAUAGAGAGCUCAAAAGUAAACCCUCACAUAUGUGGUCAACUGACUUUUGACAAGGGUGCCAGGACCCUUCAAUAGUCUUUUCAACAAAUGGUGCUGAGAAAACUGGAUAUCCACAUGCAAAAUAAUGGAGUUUGACCCUUACCUAAUACGAUAUACAAAAAUUAAUUCAAGGGACUUCUCUGGUGGUCCAGUGGUUAAGACUCCGUGCUCCCAAUGCAGGGGGUCCAGGUUCAAUCCCUCAUCAGGGAACUAGAUCUCACAUGCCACAACUAAAGAUCCUUGCGUGCCGCAGCGAAGAUCCCACAUGCCUCAACUAAGACCCAGCGCAGCCAAAUAAGUAAAUAAAUAUAUUUUUUUAAAAAUGUAUCAGGGAUAUAAAUGUAAAACCUAAAACAAUAAAACUCUUAAAAGAAAACACAGGACAAAAGCUUAAUGACGUUGGAGUUGUCAGUGAUUGGUUGGAUAGAAUACCCAAGGGCACAGGCAACAAAAGGAAAAAUAGACAGUUGGGACUUCCUUGAAAUUUAAAAAAAAAAUUGUACACAAUGGAAGAAAGUAUUUGCAAGUCAUAUUUCUGACAAGGAAUUACUAUCCAGAAUAUAUAGACAGUUCCUAAAAUUCAACACAAACUCAAACAACUUGAGUAGACAUUUCUCCAAAGAAGAUAUAUGAGUGGCUGACAAGCACAUGAAAACAUGCUCGGCUUCCCUGGUGGCGCAGUGGUUGAGAGUCCGCCUGCCGAUGCAGGGGACACGGGUUCGUGCCCCGGUCCGGGAAGAUCCCACAUGCCGCGGAGUGGCUGGGCCCGUGAGCCAUGGCCGCUGAGCCUGCGCAUCCGGAGCCUGUGCUCCGCAACGGGAGAGGCCACAGCAGUGAGAGGCCCGCGAACCGCAAAAAAAAAAAAACAAAAAAACAUGCUCAACAUCACUAAUCAUAGGGGAAACGCAAAUCAGAACUGUAAUGAGACCCAGCCCAUACCCAGUAGGAUGGCUACUGUAAAAAAUACGUCGCAAGUGCUGGUGAGGAAAUGGAGACGUUGUCACCUUGUGCACUGCUGGUGGAUGUAAAAUGGUGCAGCCACUCUGGAAAACGGUACGGGGGUUUCUCAAAAAACUAAACAUAGAGCUACCAUGAACACCAACAAUUCCACCUCUGUAAAGAUACCCAAAAGAAUUGAAAACAGGAUCCCAAGGAGAUAUUUGUACCCCCCCCAUGUUCGUAGCAGCAUUAUUGGCAGUAGGCAAAAGGUUAUACAUGAACAAAAUGUGGUCCGUCCAUACAAUGAAUAUUCAGCCCCAGACAGGAGGGAAAUUCUACACCCGCUACAACGUGGGUGAACCUUGAGGACACGAUGCCAAAUGAAAUGGGCUGGGCACAAAGGGGCAAGUACUGUCUGAUUCCACUAUACAAGGUCCCUAGAAUCAUAAAGACAGAAGGUAGAAUCAGGGUUUCCAGGGGCUGGGGACAGGGGGAUGGGAAGUUAUAAUGGGGACAGAGUUACAGUUUUAUAAGAUGAAAAGUCUGUGGAUGGAUGUGGUGACAGGUGCACGUUACGAAUGUAUUUAAUACCACUGAGCUGUGCACUUAAAAAUGGUUAAGAUGGUAAAUUUUAUGUGUAUUUUACCACAAUUUUUUUAACAAUAUAAAGGAAUGAACUAUUGAUACCCACAGAGAAAAGAGUAGAGAGAGUUUUGAGACACAGAGUGGAAGGGCCACCUGAGGAUGGAAGCAGAGGUUGGAGGGAUGCAGCCACAGGUCAGGGAACCCUGGAGACUCCAGAGGUUGCGAGCCCGUGGACUCCCAGACCGAACUCUGAGGCUGCGUUUCUGGAGUUACACGUCCCAAAGUUAUGGUGUUUCCAUGGCAGCCACAGGAGUCACAGGUGCCGGACCCUUCUUCCCUUGCCCUGAGAGAGAAGUUUAGAAGACCAUCUGGGGGCUUCCCUGGCGGUCCGGUGGUUAGGACUCAGCAGUUUCACUGAGGUGGCCCGGGUUCAGUCCCUGGUCGGGAACUAAGAUCCUGCAAGCCAUGCGGUGCUGCCAAAAAAAACUAGAAAAUAUAAAAAUAAAAGACCAUCUGGGUCAACAGCAUUUGUCAUCAGGGAAGUGCAAAUUACAACAGCAAGAUCCACUCCACACCUGUCAGAGCGGCCGGAAUCCAGAGCGCUGGCGACGCUGGGUGCUGAGCAGCAGGGACCCUCAUCCCCACCGCUGGGAACGCAGGACGGUGCAGCCGCUCCGAAGGCAGCUGCGUGGUUUCUCACAAAACUAAACCCACUCUCACCAUACGAUUCAGCCGUCAAGCCCCUUGGUACUUACCCAGAGGAGCUGAAAACUUAUGUCCACACAGAAACCUGCACGCAGAUGUUUAUAGCAGCUUUAAUCGUAGUUGUCAAAACUUGGAGACAGCUAAGGUGUCCUUCAGAAAGUGAAUGGAUACGUAAACAGUGGCCCAUCCAGACAAAUAUUACUCAGCACUAAAAAGAAAGGAGCUAUCAAACCAUGAAAAGACACGGAGGAGCCUUCAGUGCGUACGACUGAGAGAAAGAAGCCAGCCUAGAAGGCUGCCCACUGUGUGCUCCAGUUCUAUGACAUUCUGGAAAAGGUAAAACUGUGGAGACAGUGAAAGGGUCACUGGUUGCUGGGGGCUGACGGGGAGGGAUGAACAGGCAGGGAAACCACUCUGUGUGACGCUGUCAUGGAGGACACACGUCGUCAUACGUUUGUCCAGACCCCCAGAAGGCACAACACGGAGCGUGAACCCUCAUGUGAACCACAGGCUGCGGGUGGUGAGGGCGGUCAUCGGUUGUAACGAACGUUUUCAUCGGGGCUGUUGAUGGUGGAGGAGGCUGUGAGGUGGGGGCAGGAGAUACACGAGAACUCUACCUUCUGUGAAAUUUUGCGCAAACCUAAAACCGCUCUAAAAAGUCUUUUAAAACUAAAAAGGGAGAAGCUGUCUGUGGAGCCCAUUACCUUCUUCCACUGAGGUGAAGGGGACAAACCUGGCCAAGAGGGGACUGAUGUCGGGGGACAGCGUGCUCUCUAGUGAAGGCAGUCUGG